AUGGCGCGCAUCGCCAAGCUCGAGGCGCUGGCCCAGCAGCGCGAGCAGGCGCGCAUGGAGCAGCGACAGCGCGUGCUGGAGGCGCGCGCCAUGCCGCGAGCUAUCCCAGCCUACAUCCGCGUGCGCGACCUGGCCAAGACCAUCCGCCAGCCGCUGGACAAGGUGCUCAAGCGCGUGGUGACCAAGUCGAACCGCCGCUUCCAGCUCAAGGCCAAGGACCACCCGCCCGCCGAGUUCGGCAGCGUCAAGAAGAUCGUUCUGCCGUUCAGAGUAGCUCAGGAUGUGGCUGAGCAGUUUGGCGUGCAAGUGGCGUACGACGACGUGGAGCCGCAGCUGCUGGACGCGGCCUCGGACGUCCCCGAGGAGCUGCUGGGCGUCCGGCAGCCCGUGAUCGCCGUUAUGGGCCACGUGGACCACGGCAAGACGACGCUCAUGGACACUCUGAGGCGCCAGAUGAAGGCAGGACUGAAGCAGAUUGCGCCCUACGAGAAGCACGGCAUCACCCAGAAGAUCAACGUAUGCGAGGCGGCGCUGACGCCCGACGUGAAGGCGACGUUCUUGGAUACGCCUGGACACUUUCACUUCUUUCGUAUGCGCUCGAGCGCGGCGCAAGUGGCAGACGCGGUGCUGCUGAUUGUCGCAGCGGAUGAAGGCGUCCUGCUGCAGACGGAGGAGUCCAUUGGUGCGAUUGAGGAGGCCGGACUGCCUGCUGUGAUCUGCAUCAACAAGGUGGAUCUGCUGGGUGAGGACGGAGACGAACAGGUUACGAAGAUCGUGGACGAGCUGCGCUCGUUUGUCGCGCUGCAAGACAGCCCCGUGCUGACGAUCUCGGGCAAGACCGGAGCUGGUCUGGACGACCUGAAGCACGCGGUUUGGGAGCUGGUGACUGGACUCGCUGACGAGCAAAGGCUGGAUGCCAUGGUUGGAUCGGACACUCAGGCCGAGGGGCUCGUGCUCGAGAGCGUGGCCUUGAAGGGGCGUGGAACGGUGCUACGUGUGCUGAUCAAGAAUGGCGAGUUGGCAGCCAAGCAGCACUUCGUGGCCGGCAUGAUUCACGGCGUGGUGCGCAACAUGCGCGAUGCUGAAGGACGCGAAGUCAAGCGCGCAUUGCCUGGCACAGUUGUCGAUAUCACAUACUCCAACAAAUCCAAGAACGUGGACGCUCCAAACGAGCACGGCUUCUUCGUGCUCCCGGAAGCCCGCGCAAAGCAGGUGAUCGAACAGAGGGAACUUGCUUUGGAGUUCAACGACUGCCUGCUACCUGACGAUGGCGGUGCGCUCACCACGGGCACUGAUGCCGAAUACACGGAGGCAGAAGAGGUCGACCAGGGAGAGUCGGACGUUGAGGAAACCAGCGACGAAGUCGAAGAAGAAGAUGACGACGUCAUUGAUGAGAACGAUCUGAUUGAAACCAAGUCGAUCAUUGUGAAGGCUGACGGCGCUGGAUCACUUACCAGCAUCCAGGACACUGUGGAUGAGAUGCCCGGCAUUUCGACUGUGCGGCUGGGCAUUGGCAAUAUCUCGGCGAAGGACAUUGACGUGGCGAUCAAUGGCAAGUGCCCGAUCUUCGGCUUCAAUGUGAAGCUGCGCAAUCGUGAGGCAAAGCUGGCUACGGAGAGGGGCGUACGCGUUGUGCUGCACUCGACUGUGCAUGAGUUGAUUGAGGAUAUCACUGCUUUCGAGCAGAUGGGAUCUGAAGAGAUUGAUGAAGCAAACGAGUAA